AUGGCAGUUGGGGAGCGAAGGGCUGGCGUCUUGUUGCGGUGUGUGGUGUUUGGCACCGGCGCUGCUUCUGCAACUGUUGGGGUUGAGGCUAGCAUCUCCUUCCUCACUCGAACUGGCUAUCCCAGGGUGCAGGUGGGUCUCUUGGGCGGUUCCUGGUGGCGAACUUGGAGUGGUUUUCGGUCUUGUGGUUCGGGUCGAGUUAGCUGUAGGAGGAAUUUUCCGAUCCUGUUUAGGAUCGUGAGCUCGUUAUUGUCCCUUUGGUUGAUUGUUUUUGGUGUUGAUUCAUUUGGCGGCGGUUCCGAUUGGCUUCCAGCUGUGAAACCUGAUUCCGAAAAUGAUAAGGAAGAAGAUCAUGGAGUUAUUAAAGAAGGGGUUGAUGUUGAUGUGAAUGUUGUUGGUGAACAAACUAACAAUCUUGAGGAAAAGGAUUUUCCAGUGGAAGGACCCAGCACGGUACUUUCGCUCGGACAGGAUGGUGAGAAAGAAGAAGUUGUAAAAGAUGUCGAGAUGGUGGAUGAAAAUUGCGAGGAUCGUGAUGGUGAUGAUGAGGUGGCGGAGGAUGGGGACGAGCAAGGACAGUGGCUUUUUAAUGGGACAAACGAGUUUGGAAAGCUUUUUAUGAGGCGUUGUGCUGCAAAACAUAAUGAGGAAUUUGGGAGAUUUGAUGAAAAAAAGGAGGAAGAAGAAGAAGAAGUACAGAUUGAAGAGGAUGAGGUGGCGGAGGAGGAGGAGGAAGAUGGGGACGAAAACGAGAACAAAUUUGGUCUUUCCCCGAGCCACCAUGAUUCUCUCAACAAGGAAGGGUAUACUGGUAAUUACCUUCAAUCAAUGGAAGUAAACCAAAUGGCCUUCAACCCACAAGAUCAGCUUGGUAGGCAAUCUUCUUCAAUGGAUGAUAUGAGCUUGUUCAACAAUACGGGCAAGAGGGUGCUCGAGCAUAACGAAACCCAUCUCAUGGAUAAUCCUAACGAGCCGAACAAAAAAUUAAGGAUAAGCAAUUCGUGGGACCACAACAACAAGCACAUGGAUUUCGGGUCGUGCAUGGAGCAGAUUCAGCAUGUGGCCGAGACAGCCAAAAUGCUGUACGAGCAGAAGGCACGCGAAUUAGAGUAUGCGAACAUGAACCAGCAGAUUAUUCUCUCCGAGCUGCAAAAACGCGACUCGAUUAUCGAACACCUGCACAAGACCCGAUUCGAGGAGUUGCAGAAGAAAGAUGGCGAGAUUUACCGGCUCGAACGGGAGCUUUAUCUGAUGGAGACCGUGCUGGACGGUUACAGGAAGGCUUUGAAGGAAACUCAGAGGGCGUUUGCUGAAUAUAGGGAAAAGGCGCAGCUUCCGGAAGAACCGACUUACAAGGAUGUGGGGCCCGGGGGGCUUAUGCUGACGGCUGGGGAAAUAGAGAAGAUCCGGAAGAAACAAGAGGAGGAGUUUAGGAUGAAUUGCUUUAUCGUGGAGCAGAAGAUGAAGGAAGUCGAGGAGGAUUGGGAGGGCCGGUUUAGAGAGUAUGCUGAGAAGGUUGAUUUUUUCAAAAAUAAGUUGACGGGCCUCGAGGCGAAUGCUAAAGAGCUGAUUGAAUUGUGUGGAAACCGAAAAACAAAGCGAAUUGAUGAAAUGGGGGCAGAAGCUUCUGAACCGCAAACUGAAGAAGUGGUGACCGAAGAAGCUCUUUGGGGACCACAGAGUGAAGAGAAAAUGUGUGAUGCUGAUGAAGAUGAACAGCCAUUUGCCCCACAAUCGGAAGAAAAGGAGUGUGAAGCUGAAGAACCACAAUCCACACCACAACCUGAAGUAAAAGAGGAGUCUGAAGCCGAAGAAAGUCUACCGAAUGCAUAA